AUGGUGUCAGACAGUAACCUUCAGGCAACAGCGACAGUCACCCUGAAGGUGGAGGAAAAUAUCACCAGCGUCACCGUAACACAGAACAUUCCCAACCCGAUAGAAUACACUGACACUGUGACACUGACAUGUGAUGUUAAAGGCACUGUUGAGUCACGGUUGUGGUUUAAGGAUGAGAGAGCUCUCCACAGCAAUGACAGGAUCACAAUCUCCCAGGAUAAUGCCACCCUGACCAUCAUCAGUGUGACUAGAAAUGAUGGUGGAACGUAUCGGUGUGAGGCAAAGAACAGCCUUAGCUCUGUGUCCGGCAGCCACACACUGAGCAUUGCGUAUGGACCAGACACCCCUGAGCUUACAAUCACUGGGACACACUCAGCAGAACUUGGAGACUCUCUAACAUUGUCUUGUUCUGCUCAGUCAAACCCAGAAGCUCAGUAUCAAUGGAUAUUUAAUGGCACCGUUCUGCCACAUACAAGUUCAAAUUUCACCAUUCAUCAAAUAAGCCCGACUGACCGUGGGAUUUACACUUGUCAGGCUCGUAACAACAUUACCUUAAGAGUGAAUGAGACAACAUUAAACGUAACUUUACAGGAGAAAAUCACCAGCGUCACCGUAACAAGCAACGCUCCCAACCCGAUAGAAUACACUGACACUGUGACACUGACAUGUGAUGUUAAAGGCACUGUUGAGUCACGGUUGUGGUUUAAGGAUGAGCGAACUCUCCACAGCAAUGACAGGAUCACAAUCUCCCAGGAUAAUGCCACCCUGACCAUCAUCAGUGUGACUAGAAAUGAUGGUGGAACGUAUCGGUGUGAGGCAAAGAACAGCCUUAGCUCUCAGUCCGGCAGCUACACACUGAGCAUUGCGUAUUCUGUUGGUGCUCAGGAUCAGAGCGCCACCAUCGCAGCCAUCACUCUCGGGGUUAUAUUGUUUGUGAUCAUCAUUCUCCUGAUUGCUGUUGUCGUCUACAGACAGUGUGGGCAUUCUGCUGGAGAUCCCGGAAUCUCUUCAACACGCAAUGAGGCACGAACAAUCUACCAGAAUGAGUCCAGCCAUAUGGGGAACCAGGAUAAUGAGGUCCCAGAUCGUCCAUAUGAGAGAAUAGGACCACAAUCUUCAGAGUACAGCAACCUGACAGUUGCUGCUCCCAAAGUGUAUGAGAACAUCAACAAUGUGCAAAGAGCAAAGAACAAAAGAUUACCACCAGAACCUAAUGCUGACGCCAGUACGUCAGGAGGACAAGAUCAUGAGGGAGAAGAUGCUAUACGUCAAUGAAUAUUCAUCGUAGGAGCACAGGAGGCCAUUCAGCC